AUGGCUACUCUAUCGACAGGAAAUCAAAUAUAUUUGUGCCAUUUUUGUUCUGAUGAAUUUUCCAAUCGUGCUAUGUUAAUUGCUCAUUUUCCAUUUUGUCAAAUAAACAAGUCCACUACACAGCUCAAUGAGAAACUACCUCAACCACCACAACUUAAUCAAACUCAACGUGAUAUUCUCUAUAUGGUUAAACUCCAUCCAUUAACUUCUCAGUUUUCUUCAAAUAAUUUUAAUCAUCAUCCAUCCCCUACAAGUCUUGAUCCUCAAAUACCUUUAUCAAAUUUAUAUUCAUGUGGUUAUCUUUCAUCAACAAAACAAUCAUCAUUCGAUGAUUCAUAUUGUAUUUAUAAUAAUAAUACACCAAUAUAUAUUCCAGAAAAUGAUGUUGUUGAUAAUAAUAAUGAUGAAAAUCAAGAAAAUUCUAAUAUAUUAAAUCAGAAAUUACCAACAUAUCAUAUUUAUAAAUAUUCUCGUCGUGAACGUGAUCGAUAUUAUACUCGUAUGAAACAUCGUAUGAUAAAAAAACAUUCACAUUCAACUAUAACAACAAAAGCUCGUUCAAAAGAAUUUCUUUCAUCUAUAUUUAAUCGAUCAAUAAAUUUUAUUAUAAAUAUUCCAACAAAAAUAAAUUCUUAUCAAAGAAUGAAUUCUUCAAAUUCAAAUCAUAUUUAUCCACUUUUACUUUGUCCACAUUUUCAUACAUUAGUUCAAUUACCGACAAAUAAACAUUUUGAAAAUUAUUUAUUUAAUAUAAGAAUUUUUUUUCAUUUAAUACAUUCAAUAGCUAGUCAAGAAUUUCAACUAAUUGUAAAUAAUUAUGAUAAUCAACAAGAAUUUUCUUAUACAUCAUUAUCAUUUAUAAAUAUUUUACGUGAUACAAUGCUUAAUUAUACAACUAAUUUACAAUCAACAUUUAAACGAAAUCAUUUUCAAUCAUUACACGAAGAUAAUCAUCAUAAUGAACAUGAUUCAACAACACAACAUGAUUAUGAAUUAUCUAUUCCACCAUUAAAAAUUCGUCGUUAUGAUGAUUCAUCAUAUGAAAUUGAAAAACGUUCUGUAACAACAUCGUCAUCAUCAUCAUCUGGAAUGUCUAUUACACAAAUAAAUAAUGGACAACACUAUGAAGAUCGUCGUCGUUUAGAUACACGAUCUAAAAAAUUUUCUUCAAGAUUCAGUGAUAAUCUAAAUAAUAGUAAUUUUAAUGAUAUUGACAAAAAGGAUACAUCGAAUUUUACACGGGAAUCUUCAUUACAAAGUGAUUUAUCUAUUAUGGAUCAUCAACAGUCAAAAGAUCGAACAAGUAAUGACUCAUUCUUAUCUUCAUCUUUAUCACAUACAAGCGAGCAAAAACCUAAGAAAAGUACAAGUCCAAUUUUGAUCAAAGAACAAUCUAAUGAUUCUUUACCAAAAUAUCAAUCAGUUGUUCUUAAUGAAGGUGCUCGUAUUCGUAUAGUUAAUUGUUCAAAUGAUAAUAAUAAACAUUCAUUUUCACGUAAUCAUUCGUUAUCAAGUACAACAAAAAAAUAUUCAAAUUCAAUUGACAAAGUCGAUGAAAAUUGGUCAACAAAAACAACACGUAUUAAUACUCGAAAAAUUUCUUCAACAAAUUCGAAAACAUCGGAUAUAUCUGAAGUAAUACCAUCUUAUCAAGCUCAAUCAGUACUUUUAUCACAUACUGAAAUAGCAAAUCAAUGGAUAGCACAUAGUGUAUUUUAUCGUUGUCAUGCCUGUUCACAUGAAGAAUUUUUUGUUGUUUUAUCACGUGAAUGUAUGCGUUUACAUAUAUCAUCAAAACAUGGAAAUAUGGAAGAAAAUUUUAAACAACGUAUUUCAAAUUUUCUUAAUAAUCAAGGACGAGCAUUAAAAAUUUUUCAACAUUAUCUUAAAUGGCAACAACCAUGGUCGGAAAAAGAAAUCGAUCAAAUAUUUCAGUUAUCUAAUAAUAAUAAUCAAAUAAAUGGUGCUCUAUAG